AUGGGCUGCACAGCUGCCAUCGUAUUCACCUGCUUUGGCGCAGCAUAUGGAACCGCUAAAUCAGGUGUUGGUAUUUGUGCGAUGGGUGUUCUCAGACCUGAUCUCAUUGUUAAGAACAUUGUUCCUGUUAUCAUGGCCGGUAUCAUCGGUAUCUACGGUCUCGUAGUAUCCGUUUUGAUUUCAGAUGGUUUGAAACAACAACUGCCUCUAUACACCGGUUUCAUACAGCUCGGUGCCGGUCUCAGUGUAGGCUUAGCAGGUCUGGCUGCUGGAUUUGCCAUUGGAAUUGUUGGAGAUGCUGGUGUUAGAGGUACUGCGCAGCAGCCAAGGCUUUUCGUCGGCAUGAUUCUUAUUCUAAUUUUUGCUGAAGUAUUGGGUCUAUACGGAUUAAUUGUUGCACUUCUCAUGAACUCAAAAGCAAGCUUAGAUGUGUCAUGUUAA